CCAAAGACACAAAUGAAUAACUAUGUAAACCAUGAAGAACACUUUUAAUGGGCAUGAAGCUAUAAUUAUCCAACAAAUUGUUCAAGACAUUUCACUAAAGCUACGUUUCAUUAACUUGAGCGUUGAUGGGAAGUUAGUAGGCAUGGAAACCCGGGUAAAGAAUGUAGUUUCAUCUUUAGAAACUGGCUCUGAUGAUAUUCGCAUUAUAGGGAUCAAGGGGAUAGGAGGUGGUGGGAAGACCACUUUGGCGAGAGCUAUUUUUGAUCAUAUAUCCAUUUGGUUUGAAGGUAAAAGCUUUGUUGAGAAUGUCAGAGAAGUUUCCAAGUGCUCUGGUUUGAAGGAAUUGCAAAAACAGAUACUUUUAGAUGUGUUAAAUGAUCAAAGCAUUGUAGAAAGUGUUUCUGAUGGAAAAAAUAGGAUGAAAAAAUUCAUGCGUGGUAAAAAGGUGCUUGUAGUUCUAGAUGACGUCGAUCAUAUAAACCAGCUUGAGGCGUUAGCAGGUGAUAUUACUUGGUUUAAGCCAGGAAGUAGAAUCAUCAUCACAACAAGAGAUGAGCAAGUGUUGGUAGCUCAUGGAGUUCAUAGUUACAAUAUUCAUGAUGUCAGUCUGCUAUCACAUGAGGAAGCAAUUUGCCUCUUUAGUAGGUAUGCACUUAUGAGGGUGAUUCCAAAUCAAGGGUAUGAAGAGCUAUCAAGAAAAGUUGUAAAUUAUGCUGCCGGUCUUCCCUUAACAAUCAAAGUUUUGGGUUCACAUCUUUGCGGUAGAAGUGAACGUGAAUGGGAAGAUGCCUUAGAAAGACUAAAAACAAUUCCGUUGAAGGAAACUUUGGAGAUACUAGAACUAAGCUACAAUGGUCUAGAGAAUGAUCAGAAAGAAAUAUUCCUAGAUGUUGUAUGCCUACUGAAAGGUGAAAUGAAAGACGAAGCAAUCAGAAUACUUGAAAGCUGUGGGUUUAGGGCUCAUAUUGGUUUAAGCGUACUUGAGCAGAAAUCUUUGAUAACUAUAUCUAGUACUGAUGGUUUACGCUUCCAUGACCACAUUGAAGAGAUGGGUUGGAAUAUUGUUCGUCGUUUGCACCCUCAUGAGCCUAGCAGACAUAACCGAUUAUGGAUUAAAGAGGAAAUUGAAGAUAUAUUGGUUAAUGAAUUGGGUACUAAAGCAACAAGAAGUAUAAAACUGAAGAAUACGGAUCUAAAUGUAGCAAUUAUUGUGGAAGGUCUUAAACAUAUGAAGAAACUCAGGUUUCUUUCCUUGAGUCCUAGAUACGGAAAAUGGAAUGUUGAUGGAAAUAGCGAAUACUUACCAGAUGCUUUACAGUCUCUAGAUUGGCGUGGAUACCCUUUUCGGUCUUUACCCAAAAUGUUUCGAGCAAAUAAGCUCGUUAACCUUGAAAUGGUUGCAAGCAAUAUAUUUGAGCUGUGGGAAGAAGGAGAAAGAAAGGUUCUUAAGAAGAUCAGAUUUAUUGACCUUACAUGUUCAAAGUUGAGAACCUUUGACCUUAGUAUGACUCCACAUCUCGAGACGUUAAAUCUACAAGGAUGUUACGGCCUUUUCGAACUUCAGAUGCCAGUUGAAUGUCCAAAGCUCAAAUUUCUUAACCUAUGUGGCUCUAAGGUGAUGAAGUUUAACAUUAGUCUAGCUCCGAGUCUCGAGACCUUAGUUCUUCAUGGAUGUAAAGAAUUUGAAGAACUCUGCUCGCCCGUUGAAUGUCCGAACCUCAAAACCCUCGAUCUUUUUAUGACUAAGUUAAGAAACCUUACCCUCGGGAUGACUCCAAAUCUUGAGGAUUUAAAUCUUAGAGAAUGCUAUGAGUUUGUAGAACUCUGCUUGCCCGUUGAAUGUCCCAAACUCAAAUCCCUCAAUCUUAGUGUUUCUAGGGUGACUAACCUUAACCUUGAAAUGACUCCACAUCUUGAGACGUUAGAUCUUUCCGAAUGUAACUAUUUCGUAAAACUUCACUUGCCUGUUCAAUGUCAGAAGCUCAAAUCCCUCGAUCUAACCGGCUCUAAGGUGAGUAAGCUCAACCUCGGGAUGACUCCACAUCUCGAGACGUUAGAUCUUUCUAGAUGUAAGGAAUUUGCUGUUAGAAGAAUAAUUAUAAGCUAGAUCAUUAUUAUUAUUUUAUUUAU